GCCGCCGGCAGGAUUACAGCAGAAUAGGACAGCCAUGUCUGCACUCUCAGCCUCGCUGGAUGGAAGGAAGAUCUAGAGCGAGGAAAGGAUUUGUUUUUCAGGGUGGCGGGGAAGGGAGGGAGGGAGAGAGAGAGAGGGGGAAGCCAGAGACACGGCACAUUGACGACGAGGUUCCCUGCCUGCAGCGUGAAAUCCUUCCGACCAAGAAGGCCGACUCGUUGACAGGAAUCUGUCUUCAGGAAAAGAAAAAAAACACACAGAGGCAACGAGGAGGAGAGAAGAGAAGACAGAAGAGGGGAAUUGAAAUCCAAAAGGCAUACAAACACUAAAAGUUGCCACACAGACUGUUUCCAGGUCAUAGUGGAGUGGGAGGAGACUGAAUGGCUCUAGUUUUUUUCCCCCAAUUUAUUUCUCCAAACAUCCUCCCCCUAAGAACACUGUAAAUUGUUCUCUUUCCCAUUGAAACCCGCUCGUUAAGCUCGGGGACUACUUUCUCGUUUUUUUUUUUUUUUUUCAAGUAUUGGUUUACUCAAAAGACUGGUUAAAAAAACGAGGGCACGGGUAAGCACGGAAUACUGAUUCUCGCCAGACGAGGGCCAAGCACCCACGGUGGACUCUCUGAUAUUUAUGUCCCCGUGACGGCCGCCAGAAAGUCCUUUCGGCUGCGUGUCCCCAAUUUCUUCCGCCGCGGUUUGGUGACCGAGCGAUGGCCAUGGUGAGCGGGGGCUGGGGAGAUCCCAACGGGGGCACCAACGGGUUAGGGGACAAGAGCUACCUGAAGGGGGAGGAGGAGGACGGCUCUCCGCAGGCGGGGGGGAGCGACAUGGAGGCCGGAGACGACGACAAGUCGUGCGUGGUGGACUGCGUGGUGUGCGGGGACAAGUCCAGCGGGAAACACUACGGCGUCUUCACGUGCGAGGGCUGCAAGAGCUUCUUCAAGAGGAGCGUGCGGCGCAACCUCAGCUACACCUGCAGGUCAAACAGAGAGUGUCAGAUUGACCAGCAUCACAGGAACCAGUGCCAGUACUGUCGACUGAAGAAGUGCUUCCGCGUUGGAAUGCGCAAAGAAGCAGUUCAACGCGGUCGCAUCCCACCUCAGCCGAGCCUCAGCCCCUCCAUCACGGCCAUAGGCGGCGCCAGCGUGGAGUGGGCCAGAAGCAUCCCUUAUUUCCCCGAGCUGCCCGUGUCAGACCAGGUGGCGCUGCUGCGGCUGAGCUGGAGCGAGCUGUUCAUCCUCAACGCGGCCCAAUCGGCCCUGCCACUCCACAUGGCUCCCCUGUUGGCUGCGGCCGGCUUUCACUCCUCGCCCAUGUCCGCGGAGCGUGUGGUGUCCUUCAUGGACCAGGUGAGGGUGUUCCAGGACCAGGUGGACAAGCUGACCCGGCUGCAGGUGGACUCGGCUGAGUACAGCUGCCUCAAGGCCAUCGCUCUUUUUUCACCAGACGCCUGUGGUCUGACGGACCCCGUCCACGUGGAGUCUCUGCAGGAGAAGGCCCAGGUGGCUCUGACGGAGUACGAGAGGAUGCAGUAUCCCAGCCAGCCUCAGCGAUUCGGCCGCCUGCUGCUGCGCCUUCCCGCCCUGCGCGCCGUUCCCGCCAGCCUCAUCUCGCAGCUCUUCUUCAUGCGCCUGGUCGGAAAGACACCCAUCGAGACGCUGAUCCGCGACAUGCAGCUCUCCGGAAGCUCGAUCAGCUGGCCCUAUGUCCCGGGACAGUAGCCACCUCGCGGACGAGGGUCUCCGCCGGGGACUCGUGACGACAAGGACCCGCGGGAAACCUCCUGACUCAUCACUGUCCCAUCUGUGUGGUUAACAUACCGCGGUGCCAGCUGGCCGUCAUGUGUACUGUAACCCGCUCUCUUCCCCCCCAUCCCCCCCCCCUCAUGAAACAAGCCCUCCUGCCUCCAGUGAAAAGAGGAGCCGGUGCCAAGCCCAGUCCUUCUGUUGCCAGCCCAGUCCUUCUGUUGCCAGGUCUCCGGCCAGAGAACAGCUUUUCACGCUGGGCUCCGACAUGGCCACCGCGGCCUGUCACGUCACCGCCCACGUGCCAUUGUGACCAAGGACGCUGCAGUUUCACGUGGAGGGAAGCGGCCACCCCUGCGACAAAAACACCUAGAGGACAAAACUGUCCCGCUGCUGAAAGUCAGCAGAACAGUUUCCCCCACAGCGGGCUCCUUUUCCCGCAGCCUCACCAUUUGUGAGCCGGUGACCUUUUUAAUCCAGGAGACAGAUGAGACAUGACAGUACGGUAGCAUGAUUAGAAUGGAUGUAAUUGAACAGUGGUGAAGUGAAUAUGAGACGAAGUGAAGGCUCCGCUCAGCACUGAGGAAGACGCCAAUCAAACGGAACGAAAACAAAACCAAGGGAAAAAAAUCACCAAAGUAUAUCCUAUCAUCCUCAGAGAUGUUUUUUUUUUUUUUUAAAUAGAAUCCUUAGCAGAGUGUAAGAGAUGAACAGACUCUUGAACCUGCCUGACCAUCAAAUGAACAAUGCAUUUAAAUUCAUUCCCAGGGCUCGCUGUUGUUACAUGAGUGGAGUAAUACCUCAGUAGACAUCAGAAUGCUUCAGUCUGAUAUUUCCUAAACACAAACCUCUGUAAAUGUUGUUCACCAGAACCCGCCUUCUUUUUGACAACUGCCUUGUUAUUCAUUAUAAAUUUGGAACACAUAUAAAAUAUGAAAUGAGCAUCACAAA